AUGCCUUCCUGGUGCUUCGGAAGAAGGGGAUUAAAGAGGAAAAAAGGGGAGCUCCAGCUCCGGGAGGCAGGUCAGCCCGACCCCAUGCUGGCCACACUGCUCCUGUCUCUACUGCCUGUCCUGGCCGAGAGCGCCAGCCUACAGCCAAUCCGAAUGAGUCAUCUGGGAGUGUGCCCCAACCAACUGAACCCCAACCUGUGGGUGGAUGCCCAGAGCACCUGCGAACGGGAGUGCCACACUGACCAGGACUGUGAAGGCUUUGAGAAGUGCUGCACCAAUGUCUGUGGCCUGCGGAGCUGCGUGGCUGCCCGCUAUGCCGACGGCAGUGUCUCGUCCCUGGAGCUGGCGCAGGAGGCCUCGUGCGAGAGCUUUGUGUGCACCCAGCAGGGCUCAGACUGCGACAUCUGGGACGGGCAGCCCAUCUGCAAGUGCAAGGACAGGUGUGAGAAGGAGCCCAACUUCACAUGCGCCUCAGAUGGGCUCACGUACUACAACAAGUGCUACAUGGAUGCGGAGGCCUGUAUCCGGGGCAUCAGCCUCAGCGUGGUGCCGUGCAAGUACAUCUUCACCUGGCCGAACACCAGCCCGGUGCCGCUGGAGACCACGGCUCACCCCACGCCCGGGGCCGCUGCUGAGGUGCCCAUCCCCCCAGCCCUCUACAACAAUCCCUUCCACCAGUCGGUCUACGUGGGUGGCACCGUCAGCUUCCAUUGCGACGUGAGCGGGCGGCCCCGGCCGGACAUCACCUGGGAGAAGCAGAGCGACCACCAAGAGAACUUCAUCAUGCGGCCUGACCAGAUGUAUGGCAAUGUGGUGGUCACAAAUAUCGGCCAGCUGGUCAUCUACAAUGCCCAGCUGGAAGACACCGGCAUCUACACCUGCACAGCCAGGAACUCCGCCGGCCUCCUCCGGGCUGACUUCCCCCUCUCCAUCAUCAAGAGAGAGCCCUCCGGGGUGGAGCCCAGGGCACCCAGCACCCAGCAGGUCCCAGCCACCGAGUGUCUGAAGGAGCCCGACAAGAGGGAAUGCGAGGCUCAGCAGGUGCGCUGGCAUUUUGACACCAAGAAGGGGUCAUGCGCUACCUUCCGCUACGGCGGCUGCGGUGCCAACCAGAAUCACUUUGAGACCUACGAGGCGUGCCGCUCGGCCUGUGUCAGCAGCGCCAUCAACAUGUGCACCCUGCCCAUGGUGCAGGGGCCCUGCAAGAACUGGGAGGCCCGCUGGGCCUACAACCACCUGAUGAAGCAGUGCCACUCCUUCGUCUACGGCGGCUGCGAGGGCAAUGACAACAAUUUCGAGAGCAAGGAGACCUGUGAGGAUGCCUGCCCCUUCCCCAAGACCCUGCAGUGCAAGGCCUGCCGGCUCAAGAGCAAGAUGGUGCUGAGCCUGUGCCGCAGCGAUUUUGCCAUUGUGGGCCGGCUCAUGGAGAUCAUCGAGGACCAGGACUCGGGCAUCGCCCGCUUCGCCCUCGAGGACAUACUCAAGGACGAGAAGAUGGGCCUCAAGUUCUUCAACAUCAAGUACCUGGAGGUCACCUUGAGCGACAUGGACUGGAGUUGCCCCUGCCCCAACAUGACCACAGAGGAUGGGCCCCUCAUUAUUAUGGGGGAGGUGCAUGACGGCAUGGCCGUGCUGGACCCCAACAGCUACGUCCGAGCUGCCAACGACAAGCGCGUGAAGAAGAUCUAUGAGCUGAUUGAGAAGAAAACCUGCGAGCUCCUCAACAGGUUCCAGGACUAG